GCAAUUUGUGUGUUUGUGUCGCAAUUUAUCUACCGGCUUUUGUUCUCGGAUGUUCGCGGAUUAAUUUCGUCAUUUUUAUUUUAUGAAUAGCAAUUUUUAUACAUUUCCUUUUUUUUUAGAUACCUAUUUUUAUACCAGUUUUAAUUUAUCAAUUUUUAAGUUUAAUUAUUUUAUCUCAGUUUAUUUUUUCUUCAACUUCUCGAGAAUUCUCGGACGCACUGGCAUUUUUUAUCUACAAAAGAUGUCGGAUUCUUAGAACUUUUAGUCUGAAAUUUCAUCUUAGACAAAAUGGCGUUUUUAACUCGACUUCAGUUAUUCUGUUUGUAUUUUCGAAUAAAUAGUUGGAAAUUCUUUGUCUCGACUCAAGUAAAAAUUAAUCUCGCGCGUCGGUUGCUAAUAAUCAGACUCAAGAGCAAGCCAGACUUGUUCAGACAUUUUUUGAUAUCAUGGACAAUCGUCGUGAUCGUCCGGCUGGACGAAGUCGAGGAAGGGCUAGUAGCAGCGUACCUCAGCAGCAGCAGCAGCAGCAGCCUCAAGGAGUAUGGGGACGCCGUCCGGGACCAUCGCAAGCUCAUGACCCCGCUCAGCAGUAUGGACCUCCACCGAGUUUAGGUCGGUCUGUUCGUGCACCAGUGCCAACUGCCGCCCCUGCUGGAGACCAGCGUCCACCAGGAGUCGAUCGUCCGGCUCCUCCACCCUCAAGCGUUGCACAAGUCGGAGGUGGUGGCGAUGCAUCAACAUCAGCUGCUGGACGUGGAGCCAUGCGAGGACGCAGAAUGGUUAACCCAGAUAUUUUGAAUUCCCGACCCGUUCAUGUUAAAGCAUCUAAGAAAGGAACUAUCGGUAAUCCAAUAAAGCUUCAAGCCAACUUCUUCAAGAUUUUGAGCGCUCCCGAUUGGUGUUUAAAGCAGUAUCGGGUUGACUUUGCUCCUGAAGAAGACAGGCUAUUGGUCCGUAAAGGACUAAUUCGUAUUCAUCACGAAGUACUAGGCAACUACCUCUUUGAUGGUACCAUGUUGUACUCCACGAAUCGCUAUCAAUGUUCUAAAACAGAAGCGUGGGAAUUAUUUUCUCAAAGACUAUCAGACAAUGCCCAAAUUAGAAUCAGCAUCCGUCUCGUUGGAGAAAUGACAAAAGGAGAUCCAGCCUAUCCUCAAUUUUAUAACAUCGUUGCUCGUAAAGGAUUAGAACACCUUCAGCUUAAAUUAGUCAAUCGUGAUUAUUAUGAUCCUAGAGCCAGUGUUAACAUUCAUGAAUUUGCACUUCAAUUAUGGCCCGGUUAUCAAACAUCAAUUCGUCAACAUGAACGCGAUGUCCUCAUGAGUUGUGAAAUCACUCACAAAGUGAUGCGCCAAGAGACCGUAUACCAUGUUCUUCAAAAAGUUCGCAACCAGUGUCGUGGUGGUGAUGUACAUGUAUCCUGCAAAGCUGCCGUAUUGAAUUCACGAGUAAUGACUGAUUACAAUAACAACACUUACCGUAUUGAUGAUAUUGAUUUCACCAGAACGCCUGAGUCUACAUUUCCAUUCGGAAAGGAUCGAGUUCCGACAACUUACUUAAAAUAUUAUCAAACCAAGUACGGAAUUUCCAUUAAAGAUCAUAAACAGCCGCUUCUUGCCUCUCGUUCAGAUCAGAGAGAUCGUCGUGCUGGACAAGAUGAUAUACUUUAUUUAAUUCCUGAAUUGUGUCGCACUACAGGAUUGACCGACGAGAUGAGAAACGACUAUAAGUUGAUGGCUGCAUUAGCUAAGCACACCCGUGUUAACCCUGACAGGCGUAUCGACAAAUUGUUGAUGUUCAACAGAAGAUUGCAGGAGACACCGGCAGUAGUCCAAGAGUUUAAACGGUGGAAUUUAAGAUUAGAUACUAACUUGGUCGAAAUUCCAGCUCGUGUAAUCCCACCAGAAAACAUCAUUUUUGGAGCUUCGAGGGAGUCAGCCACUCAGUCUGCUGAUUGGACUAAACACUUCCGAUCCUCGCGAUUGAUUGUUUGUACCAAAUUAUCUGAUUGGGUUCUCAUUGUUCCAAACAGUGUACGACGUGGGGAAGCUCAGAAUUUCGUGAGUAACAUCAUCAGAGCCGGUCAAGGAAUGUCAUUCAUGGUCAGUCAACCUCGCGUCAUUGAUAUUCGUCGAGACUACGCUUCUGAUUAUACUGACGAACUGGAAAACAUCUUGAGCCGAUCUACUCCUCAACUAGUCUGUUGUGUUACACCAAGAUCACGUGCUGAUGUCUAUGCCUCUAUUAAAAAGAAGUGCUGUGUAGAUCGGCCAGUUCCGAGUCAGGUCAUUCUUGCUAAAAAUUUAGCAUCCAAAGGAGCCAUGUCAAUUGCUACCAAAGUUGCAAUUCAGAUGAACUGCAAGAUCGGUGGUGCUCCUUGGACUUUGGAAUUUGGAAUGGCUGGAUUAAUGGUUGUCGGAUUUGAUGUUUGUCACGAUCCUAACCAACGUGGAACAGAUUAUGGUGCUAUGGUUGCAACUCUUGAUCGUGGAAUGACCCGCUACUUUUCUGCAGUCACCGCUCAUCGCAGUAAUGAAGAACUGUCAAACGAGUUUAGUUUGAACAUGGUCAAAGCAUUACGCAAGUAUUCUGAAUUGAACAACGGUAGUUUACCUGCACGUAUUAUCAUCUACCGUGACGGUGUCGGCGACGGUCAAAUACCCCACGUGCUGAACCACGAAGUCAAUCAUUUGAACGAAGCUCUUGCUAAGAUGUACGGUCGUCCUGAAGCAGUGAAGAUGACGUUCGUCAUCGUCACUAAGCGUAUUAACACCCGUUUGUUCUACAACCGUCGUGAAAAUCCGCCACCUGGUACUGUAGUCGACGACGUCAUCACCAAUCCAUGGAGGUACGAUUUCUUCAUUGUAUCUCAGUGUGUCAGACAAGGAUCUGUCUCACCUACAGCCUACAAUGUGAUUCAAGACAACGCUGGUCUCGACGUGUCAGCGCUUCAGCGCUUGACUUUCCAGUUGACGCACAUGUACUUCAACUGGAGCGGAACUGUCCGAGUUCCCGCGCCUUGCCAGUACGCUCACAAAUUGGCAUUUUUAGUUUCUCAAAGUAUUCACCGCUCACCAAACGCUCAGUUGGAAACUCUUUUAUACUUCCUUUAAGAAAAUACGAAGGAAAAAGUUAUUUUUUUUUUUUUUUUUUUUUAUAUUUUAAGGAAUGAAAAUUUAUUUGCUUUUUUAAAACUUGAGUUACUUUUAAGUAAAUUUUUAAUAUCCGGUGAAAUGCUUAACUUUUUAGUUUUUCAGUUUAUUUAAAGUUUUUUAAUUUCAUUAUUAUUAUUUUUUUUUUUUUUUUUUUUGUUUACUUGAGCAUCAUCAUUUUAAUGAUUAUUAAUGAAAAAAAAGACAAAGUUGGUUUUAGUGAAUAUUACUAAGGUUCAUUAAAUUAUUUGAUAUUUUUAAGUAUAAUACUUAUAAAAAAAAAAAUACAGAGAUAAGUAAUUUUAGGGAUAAAUGAUUUUUCUGCUCAAUAUAUGGAAGAGG